AUGAACCCAAAGUCCCACCAGGCAGCGGCGAAGAAAGCAGUGGGAAAGCUGUUGGACUUGUGCAAGGCGGAAGGGGUUCACGUCCCCACAGACCCAACCCAUGCUAUCAUUCAGGCCGGAAAUAUCCUGCAAGCCACCCGUCUCGACGGCGAAUACAAUUUGCACGCGGCGUUGAAGGAAAUGGCGGCAAAGUAUGGGGCGUCCAAGACUCACAAGCAGCCUUACCACAAGAAGGGAAAGCACAACAACACGAAUCACCCGAACGACAAGGGAGUCGAAGAGAGUGGAAAGGGGGGACGGGCGUCCACCAAGAAACCAGAGGGGGGGAAGGCGGCGGCGGCAGACGAGUCCGCCAGCAGCGACGACGACGACGACGAGUCGCCGGGGCAGAAGAAGCGAGAACACCUCCCCGCCACCAACCCGAACAAUCAACCGUUUGCCAAGUUGUUUGUCAAGUUGGCGGGCUACGAGUUCAAGCGGGGGGAUCGCGACAAGGGCAUAGCGCAUUCGAAUAUUGCCAAGAUCAUUCGAGACUUGGAGGACGAAAUCACGAGCGGCGAGCAAGCGAUGCGAGUCCGAGGCAUUGGACCGCACUCGGCAGCCAAAAUCGACGAGUUUUUGGCCACGGGAACUGUGCAAGAACUGGAAGACUUUCGCGCUGGAAAGUUGUGA